CGCGAUGGCUCCGCCUCUGCCCUCCCCCUCCAUGGCGCCGCCCGGGCUCAUUCAUUCCGCGCCGGGCCCGCCGGACACCUGCGCUCUGCUCCCUCCGCCCCCGGCCGCCGCCUCCGUCGCUUUCGCCGCCGCCGCCGCCGCCGCCGCCAGCAUGUCGGGCCCCGCCGCCGAGACGCCGUCCGCCAUCCAGAUCUGCCGGAUCAUGCGGCCAGAUGAUGCCAAUGUGGCUGGCAAUGUCCACGGCGGAACCAUCCUGAAGAUGAUCGAGGAGGCGGGCGCCAUCAUCAGCACCCGGCACUGCAACAGCCAGAACGGGGAGCGCUGUGUGGCUGCCCUGGCCCGUGUGGAGCGCACUGACUUUCUGUCUCCCAUGUGCAUUGGGGAGGUGGCGCACGUCAGCGCGGAGAUCACCUACACCUCCAAGCACUCAGUGGAGGUCCAGGUCAACGUGAUGUCUGAGAACAUCCUCACAGGUACCAAAAAGCUGACCAAUAAGGCUACGCUGUGGUACGUGCCCCUGUCGCUGAAGAAUGUGGACAAGGUCCUGGAGGUGCCUCCUGUCGUGUAUUCCCGGCAGGAGCAGGAGGAGGAAGGCCGGAAGCGGUAUGAAGCCCAGAAGCUGGAGCGCAUGGAGACCAAGUGGAGGAAUGGGGACAUUGUCCAGCCCGUCCAGAACCCAGAGCCCAACACCGUGAGCUACAGCCAGUCCAGCCUGAUCCACUUGGUGGGGCCUUCGGAUUGCACCCUGCACGGCUUCGUGCAUGGAGGAGUCACCAUGAAGCUCAUGGACGAGGUGGCUGGGAUUGUUGCUGCACGCCACUGCAAGACCAACAUAGUCACUGCCUCCGUGGACGCCAUCAAUUUUCACGACAAGAUCCGGAAAGGCUGCGUCAUCACCAUCUCCGGGCGCAUGACCUUUACGAGCAAUAAGUCCAUGGAAAUUGAGGUGCUGGUGGAUGCCGACCCCGUGGUGGACAACUCCCAGAAACGCUACCGGGCAGCCAGUGCCUUCUUCACCUACGUGUCCCUGAGCCAGGAGGGCAAGUCGCUGCCUGUACCGCAGCUCGUGCCCGAGACCGAGGAUGAGAAAAAGCGCUUUGAAGAAGGCAAAGGACGGUACCUGCAGAUGAAGGCAAAGCGACAGGGCCAUACAGAGCCACAGCCCUAGACCCUUCUCCGCCAUCGGGGCCUGAGCAUCUGCGGUGACAGCCCCGGUUUCAGUCACUUAGAAGUUAUCCCCUUGGCCAAACCCCCCCACUCCCGUUGAGAGCUGGUGCUGUGUGACGUAUCCACGUGGCAGUGUUAACCUGCGCCCUGUCCUGAGAGCCUGUGCACCGAAGCUUUAUUUAUAUCCUUCCAGUAUAAACGCUACACAGUAUUGUCCCAAAUGCUGGAGGCAUCCACAGGCACCCUAGGGAUUGCUUCCGAGCAUAUUAAGGUAUGUGAAGAAUCCAGCGCCCUAAUAAAGCUGCUGUUUGGCUGGACCUGU